GACUGUCUAUAAAUAUACUGCAAACGUUUAGGGUGUUACUCAUAUUAAAACAUUUAACAUCCUGUGCAUAUUUCGACAUUCCAAAUUCGCACUGUACACACAGUUGGGCGAGGUGUGUUCAUUGAAACUGGUAUUCAUUGGGGAAAGGCAACAUCUUGACGGUACCUGAAGAAAAUGAAGACACUGUUAUCAUCACUGGUGUUUGCAGUUAUCGUCGUUUGUUAUGUCCAUGCUUACCCAUCUUUCCAGACAAGUAUUCCAAAUGGAGGUAGCGUCCUUGACCCUUGUGACGAUACGACGGCCUGGCCGGGUAUUGGUCAUGAGGCUAUGGGCGGGAGUGGGCCGUUAAACCCUUUUGGACGCGACUUAAAAAACAAUGGAAAGGUGUGGAACCUCACCCUGUGCGAGAUGGAUUCGGAUGGCGAUGGAAUCUCAAACGGAGCGGAACUUGGGGACCCCGACUGUGAAUGGACUCCGGGGUCAAAUCCAGCUGGUCAACCUACUGGACAUCCGGGUAUGUGUGAGCCAUGGAGUGAUCCAGUGUGUCUACAAAAGAAUGCAUUUCACAUAUGCGAGACUGAAAAUAUGACGUGUGACGUCAUCAACAGCCCAGACGUUCAGGACUUUGCUAUCAGAUUUCCCAAAACAGCGGUUCCUAAACAAGACACAACUUAUAUGUGUAUGAAUUUCGCCUUGCCUGCUGACCAGGAUUAUCACGUGAUUGCUGACAGAGGUUUAAUUGACAACAAGUUCGUCAUGCAUCAUAUUAUUCUCUACGCAUGCCCAUAUGACGUUGAACUUGACGAUUUAGGCAAUGAGUUGAACUCUCCGUACGUAUGUGGUAUGGCAGGAGAGGUGCAGUGUGUUGAUGUUAUUGGCGGAUGGAGUGUUGGGAUGCCUGGUUUUUGUCACAAUGGAGACGCCGGGAUAAAGAUCGGACCGAAUGGUCACAAAUAUGUCGUGAUGCAGAUGCAUUGGAACAACCCGCUAGGGAGGAGUGACUACACGGACAGUUCUGGAAUGACCCUCUUCUACACUCCUAUAUUACGGCCAUACAAUCUGGGCAAUUUGAUGACAGGAGAACACAUAUUUAGAAUUCCGCCUGGGGAAAAUCGUUAUGUCGUAGAAUCAGAGUGCAGUUCCACUUGCUCAGCUCGCCUCAUGAGCAGCUCUAUAUAUAUCAUCAGCGGUUUUAACCAUAUGCAUUACAUGGGUAGAAAGAUGACAACAUAUCAUACCCCGGCAGGUGGUGUCGAACAGGCUAUACUGCAUGACCCUUCCUUUAGUUAUGACAAUCCUGUAAUUCAUACCUUCCCGACUCCGUUGGAAAUCAAACCUGGAGAUGUGUUGAGGACAAAAUGCUCUUUCACAUCAUCGAGUAAAGUAUUAACAACCACCAGCGGAGAAGCCACUUCCCAGGAAAUGUGCUACACAUUUUUAUUUUACUAUCCAAAGGAAUCAUUUCAGGGCAGCGAUUGUACUACUGCGAUGGGUUUGCCGGUAUGUUUGAUGGACCAUGACACUGAAUUAAUCGACGGAUGUCAGCUCAAAUCUUUCUUCGAAAACCGAACUUAUAUUGGGGAAAUAUUUACAGAGCUGGCAAAACGAUGUGAAGCUUUCAACUGCCGUAAGGAAUGUAAAGCCUAUAUCAAGGAACUGAGACAAAACCCGUGUUUUCAAGGCAAGGUCAAAGGUUAUGUUGAUCAUGUUUUCAGUAGAAACCUCUAUGUGAAUGAAACAGCCCUUUAUCACUCAUGUGAUGCAGAUCUGGAACUAGAGGCUAUCGGAACCUGUAACUGUACCCCACCAUGUGUAGACUACACCGGAACUUCUUCUUCCCACCAGCUGUCACUCUUCCUGCUAGUAGCAAUGACGACCAUGUACUUUUUGUUUACUUAGCUCUACACGUAAGCAGUGUAUAUCUUCUUAAAAAUAUGUACCAUAGAAUGUACAUUUUUUAUUAUCUUAAUAAAUCCUCUUCAAUCAUAA